GAUUCUGUCGAUGCGUAGCGAAUAUUUCAGGACACUCUUCACAACAACACUGCACAUCAAUGAGGAGCCGGAUGUUCUCCUCCACGGAGUCAGUUCAGACACGAUGACUCAGAUACUGAAUUAUGCUUAUUUUCGUAAGAUGGAAAUCCACUCCAAGAACGUGCGUCAGCUGCUCGAGACGGCUGAGUACUUGUGUAUACCAGGCGUUACUGCACUCUGCUGUGACUUCUUCAUGGACGAGAUAGACGUCGACAACUGUGUCGACAUCAUGCAUUUCGCAAGGUUGCAGUUCUGCGCCGACCUUGAGACUCGUGCUCGUCGCUUCGUUGCGCUUAACUUCGUGGAAUUGUCUCAGAAGAGCGAAGAAUUGCUGGAACUGCCUGUAGAGGAGCUGCAAGCGGUAAUCGAUUCCGAUGAACUGAACGUGAAGGACGAAAAAUUUGUGUGGGAGUUCAUUCUCCGGUGGAUCAACGACGACCCGGACAACAGGAAAGGCCACAUCGCGGGCCUUUUGAAAGGCGUCAGACUGGGACUAUUUGAAGCAAAUUUUUUUAAGGACGAGGUGUCAAAGCACCCUUACGUGACGGGGAAUAAGGCGUGCAGACCUGUGAUCUUGGAGACGAUUGAGUUCCUACGCGACGUGCAAAUGAUGACGAGGGGAGACAAAGAAUUCGUGACACCAAGGAUUGCCCGCCCGCGAAUCCCACAGGACAUUCUGUUUGCUAUUGGUGGGAAGAGGGACGGAUGGCCGUCAGAUGUGAUCGAAGCGUACGACGCACGAGCGGACCGGUGGAGUGUGGUAAGUGUUUAUUUAAGCUUAAUCACGAGCACCUCGUCGCCUCUUUAG